UGCGCUAGCGACAAAUUGUAAACAAACAAAUCUCACUGUUAUAUUUGGUAGUGCAAUCGUUAGUCGCUUUUUUCUGAAUGAUAAGCACUUAAUUGGGUAUUAGACAAAGCAGGUCUGGCAGUAGAAUCAACGACAUAUUUUCUUCUAUACAAAACGAAGUCAGGAAAUCCGGUCCAAUGCAGCCAAAAAUGGCCCAGCAGGGGAAGCAGCCUCAAGGCAGAGAGGCCCUGCUCAAGUCCUACAACAAGAGGUUAAAGGAUGAUGUCAAGUCCAUUCUUGACAACUUCAUGGAAAUCGUCAAGCUUGGUGUGGUUGAAGAUGAGAGUCAGGUUAAUAGGAUGACACAGGUGGAGGAAAUCCACUUCCAGAUGCAGGUUCGAUCAUCUAACAUGGUGAGGGCAGCUGAGUCGUUAAUGAAAUUAGUAGCAGAUGUGAAGCAGUAUUUAAUUCUUAAUGAUUUCCCAUCAGUCAACGAGGCCAUAACACAGAAUUCCAAGAUCUUCAAGUCAAAGAGUCAGGAAGCUGAUCAGAAGCUCAUGGCUUUGAGGGAUGACAUGGCCUCUGACUUGUAUGAAUUGGAAGAGGAGUUUUACUCUUCAGUUUAUAAGGAAAAAUAAGAAAAUAUUUUAUUCUUCAUUUCUUUCCCCUUUCCUCUGUAUGUUUCCCAAUAAAAUGUAAAGGUCUUUUAA